AUGACGUCCGCGACCGAUAAGGCGCCCGCGCCAUCACACAAUGCCGGCGGCGUCGAGGUGGACAGGGACGAGCUCGAGCGGUCGGUGAGGGCCAUGCUCGAGGCACUUGGAGAGGACGUCCACCGCGAGGGCCUCGCCGACACCCCGAAGCGCGUGGCAAAGGCGAUGGCGUUCGCGGUGCGUGGGUACGGGAUGAGCGCGAUCGAUGCCGUGGGCAGCGCGCUGUUCCACGAGCCGGGGCUAGAGAGCGACGAGGCGAACGCGGCUAUCGAGGCCGAGCGCGCGGCGACGGGCGCGGAACGAUCGGGCGGCGCCGUCGACGACCACCUCCUCGCCAGGCCCGGGGUGGUGCUCAUCCGCGACGUGCCGUUCUUCUCCACCGCGGAGGACUCGCUCCUUCCGUUCUACGGCCGCGCACACGUCGGAUACGUCCCGUCCAGGGGUCAGAUCGUGGGCCUGAGCAAGGUGGCGAGGCUCGCCGAGGUGUUUGCCAGGAGGCUGCAGAACCCAAACAGGCUCGCGGCGGACAUCGCUACUGCGCUGCACGAGGGCGCCGCGCCCAGGGGGGUGCACGUGGUGCUCGAGGCGGCCCAGAUGGGACCGUUCGGCCCGAUCCCCGUCAGCGGCGAGGCCGCGACGGGUUGCUUCGCCACAGGAGGGAGGGGGAACGACGCGGACGGGUACGGAGCGGAGUUUCGCGCAAUGCUCGGCGCGGGCGUCGGCGCGGGACCAGGUCCGGGCGUCGGGCUCGGCGAGUUUGGUAACGGGAGCGGCGGUCGAUGGACGACGCACGGCGCGGACGCGGUGUGCCGACGGUGCGUGUGCGGGUCGGUCUCCCCGACGAACGGAAUCGACGACGACCGCGUUGGUUCGUCCCCGGGAACCGCCGUCACCACGUAUAACACGUACAACACCGUCACCGACGCCGAAGCCGCGUCCACGUCCACCGCGCUCCACGAGUGUCCCAGCGGCGGCGGCGGCGGGAGGGACUCGCCCACCGACUCUUCGCACAACUUCGCGGUGCCGUCCGAGGUGUCCGUGUCGCUCGAUGCGCGACCGGCGACGCCGUUCGAGGCGGCGCUCGGGACGCCGUCGCCGCCGCCCGCGCCUCAAGCUGUGGCCGAGGCUGUCGAGGGCAUGAUGCGCGCGCUCGGCCUGGGAGCGAAGAUGGACGCCGAUCGUCUGUCGCUGACCGCUCGAAGGUACGCGGACCUCAUGGCCGCGUCCAGGGAAGGUCACGCCGCGGCUGACGCCGAACCCGCGACGGCCCUGGGAGGUAAGAAGAGGAAGAUGGUCGACGGAUCGGACGGGUCGGGGGAGACGGAGCUCGUGCGCGAUCUGGAGCUCGCCACGCUUUGCGAACACCACCUGCUGCCCUUUCACGGAGCUGUGCACGUGGCGACGACGGGUUCGAGGAAGGACGUGUCCCGCGCGAUGUUACAGAAGAUCGUGACGAUGCACGGGCGCAGGCUUCAGGUUCAGGAGCGCCUGACGCGAGACAUCGCCAGGGACGUGGCGGCUGCGACGGGCGCAUCCGGGGUGAUGGUGGCGUGCCGCGCGGCGCACCUGUGCAUGAUUGCGCGGGGGGUGGAGAAGCCGGGGUCGACGACGUGCACCUCCGCGUGCCUCGGGGAAUUCGCGAGCGAUCCGACGAGAAGAAGUAGGUUCUGGCGAGCGCUCGAGGGGGGGAAGUAACGAAUAGGGCAAUUCUUUUGAGUUGAAGAAAUUGUAUUUGGCUUU